UGUAGUGGCAAUGGCCCGACGGCAGUAUUAUUUUAGCAAUUACACAAAUUUUCACAAAAAUCACAUCAAAUUGUUUGCUGUUUAUAUGAAAACAGCAAAUUUAAUGCAGAAUUGCAAUGUGCUGAAGCGCUCGCUUUAAGCUAACGCCGCCGUUCUAUGU